UUGGCUGGCGUGCGUCGUGAACACGUGCACGAAGCAGCCAGGCUCAAACCCGCUUCGCUGUUGUCGGGAGCGGUCGUCUCAUCCAGCACGAUUGAUCGUUUAACCGCUGGCUCAGGCGAUCGUGGGGGAUGGCCUCGUCUCGAUCGUCAUGGCUACAUCGACAUGGGGAUAGACUCCGCAUCAGCGCAGCCUGACUGCUGCUUCCUGCAGCCGGCGCCGGUCGCACAGCGGAGGUUCUACCCGUGUCAUUCAGCAAGGGGUCCGAGGCUCGAAGGCCUCCGCGUGGGGGGGCGGCGGUGGGGCGGCGUGUUUAGGGGGGCGCAGGCGCCGUCGGGCUGGUCGGAGGCGACUCGCGCGCCGCUCGCCGCCGCGCACGCACGCCCGCGCACCGCGCCAGCGCCGACCGCGCCUCUCGCGAUGUGUUAUCAGUGA